CUGCUGCUCGCCCCCCGCGCGGGGGACGCCGCCGUGAUCACCGGGGCCUGCGACAAGGACCCUCAGUGUGGUGGAGGCAUGUGCUGUGCUGUCAGUAUCUGGGUUAAGAGCAUAAGGAUUUGCACACCUAUGGGCAAACUGGGAGACAGCUGCCAUCCACUGACUCGUAAAAACCAUUUUGAAAAUGGAAGGCAGGAAAGAAGAAAGAGGAAGAGAAGAAAAAGGAAAAAGGAGGUUCCGUUUUUUGGGCGGAGGAUGCAUCACACUUGUCCAUGUCUGCCAGGCUUGGCCUGUUUACGGACUUCAUUUAACCGGUUUAUUUGUUUAGCCAGAAAGUAAUCACUUUAGAGUAGAAACUUUAAAUGUGAAUAGCCACAUGAUGUCUGUAAAAUCUUACUUGUGAUUGUGCCAAACACAUAACAUGCCAGAAAGAAAUGCACUUGCUUCCUCAACUCUCCAAGUAACAUCUUUAUCUUUGAUUUUUAAAUGAUUUUUUUAAUUGAAAGGGGAUUUUAAUUUUGAAUAGAAAUACAAAGUAUGAGGCAUUAUGGAACUGGUUCUCAUUUCCCUGUUUGUAUUUAGGUUUAGUUUUACUUUUUUUUUUAAAUCUCAACAACUUACUCAUUUUCACAAAAAUUAGGAAAAUCAGAAUUUAAUAUUUUGUUAUAGAAACUUUUUUUCUCUCAUUGUCCACUCCCCCC